AUGAGUAAAGAAGGUGAAUGGGUCAGAUUGAAGGCUGAAACUGAAUCUGUCAAUGAUAUUACGGACAAGUAAGUGCUAUUUUCUGUUCAUGUUGGUUCAUAUGUCUUCAUAUUGCAAACAUACAGUAUACAUGAUGACGAUAUAUGUAUGCAUCUUAUUAUACAGUGGCGCCGUGGCAGGGGAGGGGGGGGGGGUGCUUGCCCCCCUCCCAUUGUCGAGACCUGUCGGAAAAUUGGUAAUAUUGUCGGAAAAAUACUUUCCUUGGCCCCCCAAAAAACACGGGACACACGACGCCCAUGCUAUUUUACCCUCUUCAAUUUAUCAUUAAUGAUGAUAUUUUGAUCAUUAACCUAAUCAUUUAUGAUGAUAUUUUGAUCCUUUCACGUUUUUAUCAACAGAUUGAAAAUGACAUCACUAUUGCCAUAUCUUACUGGAACAAUCUCUCCCUCAACUUCAUUGGCUAGUCCAGAUGCGACUGACAUGUGGACACCUAGCAAUGCCACUUUACUAAACUACUCCUCUUCAAGUUGUGAAGACCAAUCUACUCCUUCGACAACUGACGUCUACAACGAAUCUAUGUCUCAUCUGGCAAGUUUAACGUCUUUCAAAGAAAUUUCAACAUUGUCAUUUCGACUAACUAGCAGUUGGGAUGAAACUACACAAAGUGAGAAAGAAGCGUGCAUUGAAAAGGCUAGCGAAGCAUGCCAA